GAAAGUGUGUAACGAAGAUUUGGUUAAGUUCAAUUUUAUCGCUAAUAAUAUGAUAAAAUAAAUGAGAAAGCAGCGUAUUCUUUGAAGACAAGAUGAACAACGAUUUCGGACAGCUGAGGUUCUUGAAAUCUGAUGGAUCCGGCGGAAAACCGUUCGUCCUUAAAGCGGAAUCCUGUUCUAUAGGAUCCUCAAUUAAUGCAUCCAUUCGGUUGAUGGACAAGGGCCAUGGCCUACUGGCUGUUCACUGCAUCAUUGAUGUGGAUAAAAAUGGUGUGGCAACCUUAAGCAACAAAGCCCCCAGUAAUCCUGUAAAACUGAAUGGUCAAAAUAUCCUUAAGAAGAGGUGUCUCAAACCUGGUGAUGUAUUAACAAUUAUGGACAAGCGACUAAGAUAUGAGAAUGAGAAUAUAGCACCAGAGAUUUUAAGUAGUAUUGACCAAGUUAGAAAUAUUAAGACCCCCAAGAGAUCCAGAAUAACAAUGGUUGACUUCAGAAAUAGAAGAUCUGCAAGGACACCAGAACCUAAAAGACCAAGGAGACCACCAAUCAAAAGGAAACGCUCUAACAGCUUUUCCAACAUACAAGAGUUUGACAUAAUACCUGAAGAUGAUACCCAACAUUCUCCAUUCAAAACGCCUGGUCGUAGAAAGUCCAUUAGAGUGAGAAUGUCAAAUUCGGGCUUUACAAAAGCGGAUGUAUCGUCAUCGCAAUUGGUACCAUCCAAGGAAACAUCGACUCCAAUGGCCGAACAAAAGUUUCAGGUUGUUACUCCACAAAGUACUAUUAAACCUACGCUGAGGAGCGAAUUGCUCAAAAGUUUGGGCAAACCGAAGUUACCAGAGCUCGUCAAGCCUUCCGAGGAGAGCGACACAGACGAUAUAGAGAAACGCGAACUGAGGACUCCCGUAGCUGAAAUUCUCGAGAAUUCCGAGGAUUUGAUCAAUUUUAACACGCCUGUAAAUAACACAUCCAUAGUGGUCAUUGACAGUCCAGACGAAGAGAAUGUACCGGUUCGUAGCAAGAAAUCGCUGACGAAAGACAUUUCCAUCCAAAGGCUAACGCAGAACGACGAUUCCAUCGUGGUAUUGGAAUCUCCAAAUUCGAAAACCCCCAAGUCCAUGCUGAGGGCAAAACCGAAAACGCCAAGUACGAAUCUCAGGAAGACGAAUUUGAUAUCGGAGCUGGAAAAGGAGUCAUUCUCGAGUACACCGAUUGCCGAGUCUUCAGCUAUCUCUAAGCAAGUGCAAUUCGAGAGCCUUCGAAAAUCCAUGCGCGGUUCAUCAACAUCCACACCGGAUGGAUCACCUAAGAAGAUGUACCCCAAAACGCCGAGGCGUAAUGAAAACCAUUCAGAGUCGAAAGGAGUCGACGAAGUAUGUUCAUCGGAAUCUGAAGAAGACAACUUCAAAACACCAAACAAUAAUACCCCUGUCGUUUCGAAGUCGACAAUGAAACAGCGCAGAUCUACAGUUAAGAUGACCGAUGGAGAUACUACACCUAAAGCUGUUUCCCCGACCUCCGUACCGAAAUCACGCAGAUCCUUCAGAAACUUCGAUUCAAUGAUAUCGGAUAAGAGUAGUAACUCUUCCGCUCAUUCUAACGAAUCUUUAGAUAUGCAAGUUUCUACUGAAGCGAUCAGUAAUACAGAUUUACCAGAUUCUACCAGCAAUGAAUCUUUGAAAUACUUGAAUUCAGCUAAGUCUAUUGAGUAUUUGAAGGAAUCCGUUAGUGAACUUUCUAUGAAAGAUGAUUCCUUUAGUAUGAAUGUUAGUCCUGUUCCUAAUAUUCCCAAGAGGAGGGCCGUUACCGAACAGAAUGUUACCAAAAGGCGCGGACAGAAACGCCGUAGUUUAAAUUUGUCUUCCGAAUUGAAUCAGGAUGAAGUCUGCGACGAUUCUGCGAGCAGUGUAAACACAUCAUCUUUCAUCUACAUACCUGGAGAUAGUUCUAAACUUAGUUCAACAAAAGUAUCAUCUAGAAGAUCAAGCAAGGAAAAAGAAGAUUCUUUUGAUUUGGAUACAAAUUCCUCUAUGGAAAUUGGCGCCUUGAAUGUUUCGGAAAAUUCUCUUGAAGAAGCAACAAGUGAUAAAGAUGAGAAUGCGAAGCUUAGGACACCAAAGAAAUCGGAUGAUUCUAGUGAUCCCAAAGACGAGAAAUCACCAAAAGUACAAAAUGUGAGUAACGUGAGCGGUGUUCAAGGAAUAUUUGAAACACCGAAACCCGAAACAAUGCUUGAAGACGAAUCCAAAAAUAUAGUCAAAUUUGUUGAAACAUCUGAUGCAGAAGAAAAUAUUAAUCCAGAUAUGUUGCUGGUAGAGAAAAGUGAAAGCGUGAUUUGUGAAACUCCAAUACAAGAUCAUCGACGUUCUUCUAUUAGAAACUCGAAGAAAGUAGAAAUUGUAAUUCCUAAAUCGAUGAAAGAUGAGUCCCAGUUGGAUAUUUUUGAAGAUGUGUCUAAAUCAGAUUUGGUGGUUGAAGAGAAUAAACAUGAUAUUUGCACAACACCAGUGCCAGAACAUCAAGAAUGCCGAAGAUCUGUUAGAAGUAUGAAGAAGUCUGUAGAUUCGCCAUUGAAAAAAAGUAAGGAUUCUCCAAAACUCCUUGAAGUUUCUACACCUGUACCAGAAGAAUCAAAUAUUGAUGAUAUAUGUGUCACGCCAGAGUUGGAGGUUCGUCGGAAAUCUGUUAGAAGUUUGAGGAAAUCAAUUGCUGCAACGAAAACACCUCAAAGAAAAAGCGUAAUUGUGAAAGAUAUCGAUGAGGAAGAUGAUGAUAUAGACACGAAUGAAGUUAUUGAUUCUCCAACUGCAACGUCACCUCAAAAUAGAACGCAGAACGAAGAUCCAGUUGACGCUGAAGAUAUCGUACAUUUAAGUCCUGUCCAAGAAAUACCAGUUUGUCGACAGUCUCGCAGUUCUAAGAAAUCAAUUGAUAUUCCGACCACAAACUUAACGCCUCGCAGAAAGAGUAGAGCAGCGGAGGUGCUUGAAACUUCAAUAGCUAACGUAGUGGAAGAUUCAAAUGAAACCGACGAAUUGGUUGAGGAAGAUGUCGAUGAACAAUCUACUCCAGCUAUAAAAUUGACACCACAACGAAAACGUAAAGCAUUGGAAGAUACUACUGUUUUUAAAACAUCAGAACUACAUGAAACCGAAGGAAUUGUUGAUGUAGAUUCAACAUCUGCGCAAGAAAUACAAGUUCGUCGGCAAUCUGUUAGAACAGCGAAGAAAGUCGUUGGUUCACCAGCUACAAAGUUGACACCACAACGAAAACCUAAAGCAUUGGAAGAUACCACUGUUUUUAAAACAUCAGAACUACAUGAAACUGAAGGACAUGUUGAAGAAGGAGAUGGAGAUUCAACAUCUGUGCAGGAAAUACAAGUUCGUCGGCAAUCUGUUAGAACAGUGAAGAAAGACGUUGGUUCUCCAGCUAUAAAAUUGACACCACAACGAAAACGUAAAGCACUGGAAGAUACCACUGAACCAGAACUACAUGAAACGGAAGGAAUUGUUGAAGGAAAUGGAAAUUCAACACCUGUGCAAGAAAUACAAGUUCGUCGGCAAUCUGUUAGAACAGCGAAGAAAGACUUUGGUUCUCCAGCUACAAAAUCGACACCACAAAAAAGUAAAAUCAUGAAAGAUACAGCAAUUUUAAACACCCCCAUUCAAGAAACACGCAGAAAAUCUGCCAGAAGUGCUAUUAAAGUAAUUGUUUCUUCGAUUACCAAAUCGACGCCGCAGAGAAGUAGCAGGUUGAUGGAUGAGCCAAUGGUUGAUUCUCCUAAAGUGAAUACAGUUUCAGAAGUCGUUCAAGAUCUGAUUGCAUCACCUGUACUUAAGAAGAAUACGCCAGUGCAAGAUAUCCAGGUGCGUCGGUUAUCCGUUAGAAGUGGUAGAAAAUUGAUUGAUUCCCCGAGCACAAAGUUAACGCCUCAAAAAAGACGUACGUUGCUGAAGGAUAUACCUGAAGCUGAAUUGAUUAACAAGAAUGUGGAGGAUGUGAAAGAAAGUGCGCUAACUCCAAACAAAAACGGUUCUCCUAGUAAGGGAAAUAAAAUUAGUACACCAAAGAGUUCUGCCGAGGACCAAGAAUUGGAAGUACAUACUCCAGAGAAUUAUAAUGUGACCGGUAAUGAAGACGAAUUUUUAACGCCCGCUUUUCUGAUGACUACGAAGGAAAGAAGGCGUACCAUUAAAAGCGCGAAGAGAAAGUCGUUGGUGUCGCUAACAUUGAGUGCGAAGAAAAGUAAUAGCGGAAUGUUAAUUGAUUCGAAUGUUUCCUCGAAUGAAAACGAGAAUGAAAUAAGUCCGGAAAAUGAUCUAAUGAUUAUGAGUCCAAAGGUAGUAAAACAAUUAAUAAAAACGCCAAAACAUCAAACUUUAGACGAUCUGAGCAAUCCAUCAUUGGGUGUAGAGCAGUUGAUGGAUUCACCGAAGGAGCAGAAAGAUCGUGAAAACGAUCCGAGAAGUUCAAAAGCGCGUAAAGAACUAAACAGUCCUCUUGGAGUGAAGAAACUUCAAAGAGAACCCUUGAACGAUUUAAGUAACCCUGUUGGUGUUAAACACUUAAUGACUACGCCGAAAAUCCAGAAAGAACCAGAAAACGACUUGACAAGUCCACGUGGUAUCAAGAACUUGAUGAAAACACCGAAAGUGCAGAAAGGCCCUAACGAUGAUUUGAGCAAUCCACUUGGAGUAAAGCAAUUGAUGAAAACGCCGAAAGUGCAAAAUGAUCCUUUGAACGAUUUGAGUAGUCCCCGUGGAGUGAAGCAAUUAUUAGCAACACCAAAGGUACAGAACGAGCCUAACGAUGAUUUGAGCAAUCCCCUUGGAGUAAAGCAAUUAAUGAAAACUCCGAAACUGCAAAAUGAACCGUUGAACGAUUUGAGUAGUCCUCGAGGAGUGAAACAAUUAUUGGCAACACCAAAGGUACAGAAUGAGCCUAAAGAUGAUUUGAGAAAUCCUUUUGGAGUUAAACAAUUGAUGAAGACGCCGAAGCUGCAAAAUGAACCGUUGAACGAUUUAAGUAGUCCCCGCGGAGUGAAACAAUUAUUAAAGACUCCUAAAGCACAGAAAGAUCCUAAGAAUGAUUUGAGUAAUCCUCUUGGAGUUAAGCAAUUGAUGAAGACGCCGAAGCCACAAAAUGAACCUUUGAAUGAUUUGAGCAGCCCGCGAGGAGUGAAGCAAUUAUUGAGGACACCUAAAUCACAGAAUGAUCCUAAGGACGAUCUUACCAAUCCUUUCGGUGUUAAGCAGUUGAUGGCAAGUCCUCGAGUCCCACAGAAUGAACAUACUAAUGAUCUUACCAGUCCUCAUGGCGUGAAAGACUUGUUUGAUUUACAAGAAGAGCCAGAAAGUACUUCGGCGGAUGUAAGAGUACAAGAACUGUUCCACGUCUCCAGUACGACUGAUCUCAAUGUUUCCGGUGUGGAGUUGCUUGCUGAAGACGAUAUAUUUCCGAAACCAUUGCGUACUUACAGUAAGAGUUUAUCACCUCGAAAGAAUAUUAAAGAAGAUUCACUGAAUAUAAGCAGUUCUACAGAAAAAGAUGCGAUUUCUGCAACUACAACCCCAGAUGCAUCUAUAAGAAAACGUAAAACAAUUACCGAUGAAUCUGAAACGGAAGAUGUAGAUGUUACUGAAGUAAAUAAGUCUGUUAAACGUGCAAAAUCUUCAAGUUACAAAAACGAAGAAAAUGAACCAACGUCAUCGAAUAGCGAAGGCGACGAGUCAUUGAAAAUCGAAUUAUCUUCUCAUAAUAAAUCUGUGGAUUCAGUCAAAUCAGGACCAUCUCGACUGAGUUAUAAAAACGAAGAGACUGAACUAACGUCAUCGAUGAAGUCGGAAGAUAGUAAUGUUGAUAAUGAUGUAUCAGCUAAGAUGUCGAUAAAAUCUUCCUCGAAAAAAGGAAAACCAAAAGACAAAACUUCUACACCAACCACACAGUCUAGUCCGGAGUUUGAAAUUCCGAUGACGCCGAUUCACCAAGAAAAAACUCCAAGAAGAGGCAGACCCAAAAAGAAGGUCAAAGAGUUUUCUACGGUCGAAGAACCAAAUGUGUGUACUGCCACAAAAAGUAGUUCAAUUAUAGAAGAUCAGUCGAAAGAAAUAAAUGCGAGCGAGGUUGAUUCAAAAUUGACACAAAGUGAAGAUGUUAUUGAGGUUUGCGAUGUUAUUGAAAUAGUCGAUUCACCUAAACUGGUGAGAGCAACGCGAAGAGGGAGAAAAGCUGCUGAGGUUAUUAUACCUGUGAAAUCAACGCGUAGAGGUAAAAAAGCCGUUGAAGCUGAGGGCGACGUCAAUGAUAAGGAUGUGACUGUAUCAGAUACACCUGCGAAAUCAGUUAGCAGAGGUAGAAAGGCUAAAGAACCUGAGGUUGAUAAGGAUGCUUCAGUUGUAUCGUCGAUUGAUGAACCUGUGAAGAAUACACGCAGGGGAAGGCCAAAGAAACAAGAUUUGGAAGAAAUUGAUGCCAAAACAUUGGAAUCUUCCCAAGAAGCCGCCAGUCCGGUAAAGACAACUCGCAGAGGUAAAAAAGCAACGGAAGAUAAAACUACUACAUCAUUAGAAUCUGCCAUCGAAGCCAAUCCAGUAAAAACAACUCGCAGAGGUAAGAAAGUUGUUGAGGAGCAAACUGCUGAAGAUGAAGCGAAACCUGUAGAAGCCAAACAAGUAGUGACAAAUCGUAGAGGUAGGAAAGCAGUUGAAGUGAUUGAAUUGCUAGAUGAUGAUGAAAGCGAAUCAUUGGAAACUUCUGCUGAUACUAAUAAGCAAGUGAGAACUACUCGCAGAGGUAAGAAGACUGUGGAUGAGCAAUCGGUGGAAGACGAUGAAACUAAAACCAUUGAUCCCAAGCCAGUAAAAGCAACCCGUAGAGGCAGGAAAGCGGUUGAAGAUGUUAAUGCUAAACCAGAAAAAAUAACUCGCAGAGGUAAGAAAGUUGAUGAAGUGGUGGAAUUGAUCGAAGAUGAUGAAACUGAUUCAUUGGAUACCAGUAAGGAAGUGAAGACUACUCGCAGAGGUAAAAAGACAGUCGAAGAGCAAUCGACGGAAGAAGCUGAAACGAAAGGUAAUGAUGUUAAAUCAGUGAAAACCACUCGUCGUGGUAAGAAAGCAGUUGAAGAUGUGGCCGAAGAUGAUGACACGAAUUCAGUAGAUCUGAAACCACCUACCCGGAGAGGUAGAAAAGCGGCUGAAGCGAAACCUGUAGAAAAGGUCGCAAGAGGUCGCCGAAAGCAAGCAACCGAGAAUACUGAUCUCGAGGAAACUGAAGAUUUUGAAAAGGAAGAUGAAAAGCCUAAGAGGGCACUUCGCGGCAGUAGGAAGGCUAAAACCGACGACCAGGAGGAUGAAGCUGAAAAACCGAAACGCGCUGUUGGUAAGAAGGCGGUUCAUUUUAAAGAUAAUAAAAAUUAUGAAGAAAGCGAUGAUGAAGAAGAAGAACUGUUAAUCAGUACAACAAAGGGAAAGAAGAGAACAGCUAAAGAAGUUAUCGAGUCUCAACCCGCUAAGAAACCCGCUAGAGGCAAAGGACGUAAGAAAGCUGAAGAAGUUGAGGAGGAAGAAGUGGAAGUAGAGUCUGUGAAAGCAAGUAGCGACGAUGAAGAACAGGUUACCAGUACAAAAGGAAGAAAGAGAACGGCUAAAGUUGUUGCGGAUCCUCAACCAGCUAAGAAGCCGAAGGGCAGGGGACGUAAGAAGCUAGAAGUUGAUGAUGAGGAAGAGGAAGUCGAGCCUGUUAAAGCGAAACGCGGAAAGAAAAUCGAAGAAGUGGAGGAGGUGCCCGUUGCGACAAAGAAGGCAACAAGAAAACGUAUUUUCUCAUCGGAAGAUCUGAACGUAUUAUCCGAAGCAGCGGAAACAAAAGGCAAGAAAACUGAGGAAACGGAAACGGUACGAAAAUCUGCGAGAACACGGAAAUAGGAUUUUUAGUUUAUAUACAUAUUUCUUUUAUUGUUAUUUAUUUUGUUUGUAUAUUUUUAAGUUUU